AGAUAGGGGUUCGGCAGAAAAUGGUUUCAAAGACCCAGGCUCUGCGCAUGCGUUUUACUGCUUGCUGAAGCCGAUCCUCAGGGACCUGGACCUUUUCCAGCACAUGCGCGGCACGCUCAAUGACAGCCGCGCGUUGGUAAAGGCUCUGGGAAAGGGGGCUGGCCAUGUUGCGUGUGACCUGGGUUACCUGGGGAUCCAGGGUCCGAGUGUGGUCCCUGGCGCCCACGCUUCUUGGGACCCCCCGGGCUUUGUCGUCCCUGGCGGACAAGAUGGGGGUGUACCGCAAGAUGUGGAACCCUACGGAGCCCCGCGACUGGGCCCAGCAGUACCGUGAGCGCUUCAUUCCGUUCUCCAAGGAGCAGCUGCUCCACCUCCUGAUACAGGAGUUUCACUCCAGCCCAGCUGAGAGGGCAGCUUUGGAGGAGUUCUCUGCUCAUGUGGACUUCUGCACCCUGUUUCACUACCACCACCUUCUGGCCAGGCUGCAGGCCUUGUAUGACCCCAUCAACCCUGACAGAGAGACCCUGGACCAGCCAUCCCUCACUGACCCCCAGCGUCUGUCCAAUGAGCAAGAGGUGCUCCAUGCUCUGGAGCCCCUGCUGGCCCAGGCCAACUUCUCUCCACUCUCUGAGGAUGCCCUUGCCUAUGCACUGGUUGUCCAUCACCCUCAGGAUGAGGUCCAGGUGACAAUAAAUUUGGAUCAGUAUCUCUACAUGCAGUUCUGGGCCCUGGGCCAGCGAGUUGGGCAGAUGCCCCACAUGUCCAGUGUGGGCUCCAAGCGUGGCUUCUUCAGAAAGGUGCCCCCCACGGAGAGGAGGUAUUUCAAGCGUGUGGUGUUGGCAGCUCGGACAAGACGUGGGCGCCUGGUUCUGAAGAGUUUCAAGGACACACCGCUGGAGGGCCUGGAGCAGCUGCUUCCUGAACUGAAGGUGCGCACGCCCACACUGCAGCGUGCCCUACUCAACCUCAUGCUGGUGGUCUCAGGUGUGGUUUUCUUCGUCAAUGUGGGCAUGGUGGUACUGUCUGAUUUCAAGAUGGCCACCUCCCUGCUGCUGCUGCUCUUUGCUGCCUUUAUGGGCCUUAGGGCCUCCAAGGUGUUUGGGCAGCGGCGUAGUGCCCAGGCGCUGGAACUAGCACACAUGCUGUACUACCGUAGUACAUCUAACAACUCAGAGCUCCUCAGUGCCCUGGCACUGCGGGCUCAGGACGAGCACAUCAAGGAGGCAUUACUGGCACACAGCUUCCUGGCCCGGCGGCCAGAGGGCACCCAUGGUUCGCCUGAAGAGACGUCUAGGUGGCUGCAGUCGGAAGUGGAAAGCUGGCUUCUCGCCCAUUCAGGCUGUGAUGUGACCUUCAAUGGAUCUCGUGCCCUGGCCCACCUGCAAGCUUUGACUCCCAGCUUCGGGCUGUUCCCGCCGCCGGAGUUGCCCCAACUGGACCCGAUAGUCAUAGGCACCCCCAAGACUCCCAGGCCGCGCCGGGCAGUAGCUAUCCCUCACCCUGACUGUUGUUCCUAACCUGUAGACACUAGUAGGGUGUCAAACUCCGCCUCCACUACAACAAUCUGUCAAUCCAGGUUGCUGACAGGUCAUUAUUUCUGCUAUGUUAUAGACUUCGGAGCAGCCAGUCUGGAUGGCUGACAGUUGCUAGGCAACCGCCUGAGGACAGCCAUUCAAAGCCAUUUAUUUCAGCUUGUAUUGUUCUUGGCCCCACCCCAAGUAGGAACCUCCUACACGACCUGGGGGAGGGGGUGCGGCCUGGGGGACUGGACCCAGCUGUCACAUUGCAGCUGCCAGCAAUGGCCACCGUGAGACGGGCCAGGCUGUGAAAGCUGAGCCUGGAGACGGUGCAUCACCGUCUGUUUAGCCUGCUCAGGAACUUCCCACCACAUGCUCCUGGGCGGGGCCUGUCGCAGCCGCAGCCCAAGAGCUGUUUGGCCCUGGCACACAGCCAGUGACAGCUGCUGGCCACCAUCAACUGGGCAGGGGCAGGAGGGGGGCAGCCUGGAGGAGCCUGCUCUGGGUAUCCUGAGAUGGGCCAUCUGCUCAGCUGCUGAUCCAUCCUGGCUAAAGACACUGGGAACCUUGGGCCCACCAGAAGGUGGUGGGCCUGCUGGAGUAGAGAUGGCCCUCCAUGAAAUCAGUCCAGGUCCCUAGCAGGCCCCCUGGGCUUCCCUACCUUGCUGCAAAAACUACCUCAGUCUGGGUCUCCUCACCAGUGACCUGUGCAAUAUUUAUUACUUUACCCUCUUCAAAGGAAUAAAUCAUGUUUAAUAAAUA